AUGACACGACAGGAGUGGCAUGAGAUUGCUCAGAGCGUAACCCUGGAAACCAUCGAGACAUUAGCGUUUAACAACAAUGUCUCUGAAAUCUCAAUCCAGAACACAAGGAGCCUGAUGCACAUUGGCAGACAGACCUUUAACAAUCUACCCAAGCUACAUUACCUGAGCAUAUCAAACACUGGGAUCACAGUUUACCCUGACAUCACCGCUAUCCAUUCUCUUGAAUCAGAGUUCAUCUUGGAUAUCUGUGACAACCUGCAUCUACUGGAAAUAUCUCCAAACGCUUUCAUUGGUUUGACUAAAGAAUACAUUACAAUGAACCUGUAUAACAAGGAGAUCAGAGAAAUACAUGACUAUGCCUUCAAUGGGACAAAGAUAGAUAAACUAGUGUUAAAUAGCAACCGAAACCUCAGAGUGAUCCGCAGAGACGCUUUCAAGGGAGCCACAGGCCCUGGAGUCUUGGACGUUUCAGCGACACCUCUCACAAAGUUACCACCACAGGGGCUGGAGUCGGUCCUGGUGUUGUUGGCUCAGUCAGCGUACGCCUUGAAGAGUCUGCAACCUCUGCAGGGACUGAGGAGCCUGCGAGAGGCCCACCUCACCUACACCAGUCACUGCUGCGCUCUGCUGAGCUGGGAUGCACAAAGGGACUUUCCUCCCAUCAAGUCCUGUGCCAACCCUUUCCUCGACGCCAUCUUCACCAAGGCUUUCAGAAAGGACGUGUAUCGGCUCAUGAGUGCCAUGGGCUGCUGCAACAAAAGCAAGGUGGACAUCAAUGAGUGA